AUGAUAUCCUACUGUGGAACGGAACAUCAAAAAGAGCAUUGGCCUGAGCACAAACAAUUCUGCCGAGAAAUCUGGAUCAUGAUAAAAGAACAUGCCGUUUCACAUCUUUAUCAAAACAUUCAGGGCCUCGAUUUGGAAACCUGGAAUCUACAAAGAGAUCUUUUACUCCAGGAAUUGGAAGAACGUCUAGGCCGCGAAGUUACCUUUCACGAGCUAGAUGUCCUAAUGUUUCCUCGAAUUUGUUUCAUCUGUCAUGAAGCUAGACAAGAAGAAUUAAAAAACUGCCCUGGUUGCCCAGCUGCCAGUUUUUGCAAUGAACAUCCAAGCAGUCCUUUGCACGAUGCAGACUGUCACAAAAUAAAGAAAAUCCACGAGAUGAAUAUGGAAGCUGAUCCUGCGAAACGACUGAUGCUGAUGGAAGUCCUCGUGCCUGUCAUAACUCAUCUCCAGAUGAACAAAUCUUCAGAUCUACCUGAUUCGAUGCAAGAGUUUUUAGAUCGACACGCCAAACCUGGAAUGAACUUUUCCGAAAAUGAGAUGAUCAUCAUGUCGGACUUCUGUGACGAACCACUGACUGUCUUCAAUGCUCUGAAGAAGAUGAACUACUCUCAUUCUGAUAUAAUCAUCCAUAUCGAAGGUAUGAGCUCAACAUCGCAAACAAUAGAUACUUCAAAAUACUGGGAGGUUCUUUUCCAUUUGCUGCCGAAUUUAAGAAAAAUGAAAAUCGUAUUUGUGGAUGUAGAUUCUGCUUGUCACAUAGGGGUAACUCUCUGCCAAAACUGCCGCUCGAUGAAUAAAUCGAUAUCAGUGAAAACGACUGCACUUUCUUAUUUGGAAUACAUCAAAAAGAAAGAGUUUGAAAGACCGAGUCUUGUUGUGUUUUUUAAUCUUGAGGUUGAGACAAUGAUAGAUAAUGAUUUUCUCAUAGCUUUACAACUGAAGCUCCUAAAAUGCAGUAAAUUAGAUUGCACUUUAGUGUUUACAACUGACAGAAAGAGGGAGCACAUUUCUUUAAAGAAAAUCCUGAGAUCUUCUCUGGGAAAUUUUAAAAACUGCUACGAGGGACUCAACAAGUUUGGAAGUCUACUAAGAGAGUGA